AUGCCCGCCAAGCGGCGCGGUCGGUGGAAGAAGCGGCUGCGGCGGUCCGAGCCCACGGCGGCAAACGGCUGCGAGCCGCUCAAUCGGUCCCGCACGCGCGACAGCAUCAGCGAGCUCCCGGGCCACUUCCUCCGCCACUGGCCACACCGCUCGGUCAGCGCUCGGCACAUGCAGGAGACGUACGACUCGCUCGUCAGCUGGGGCCGCACGCGCUUCCAGGUCGUGGGCGGCGCGCUCUACUACCCGGACCUAAAGCACAACACCUUUGGCUGCGUCCUCCGGCGGUCGCCCAUCCUCGCGUGGGCACUGCUCGAGACGCUCGAGAGGCACCCGGUCGCCGACGUGGACAUCCCGGUCAACUGCAGAGACAAGCCGGGCACCCCGCUGAGCCAGCGGCUCGGCGGCCGCACCGACCACGGCCCGCCCCUCGCCUUCUCGUACACCACGAGCGCGGCGCACGCCGACAUCCCGCUGCCCGACUACACCUUCUGGGGCCUGCCCUACGCGCAGAUCCCGCCCUGGGAGGCCUGGCUCGCUUCGACGGUCGGCGGCGGCGCGGGCGGCGGCGCGGGCGGCGACGCGGGCGGCGGCGGCGCGGCGGGCGGUGGUGUGGGCGCCGGCCUCUCCUCACCAGCCGGCGGCGCGGAGGCAGGCAAGUGGCGCGAGCCGUGCUCCAUCAAGCCGCGAGGGUGGACGCCGCUCGAGGAGCAGUGCCGCUACAAGUACAUCCUCCAUUUGCCCGGCAUCUCCGACUGGCUCGAGCACUUCAAGCACCAGCUCGCUUGCGGCUCCGUCAACAUCUUCCUCGGCCGGAUGCCCCGCCGGAGGCCCUCUGGCGCUGCCGGCGCUGCUGGUGCUGCGCCGUCGGGCGGCGUGCAGCCGCCGCACGCGUUUGAGCACUUUGACUUCUCGGGCCCUCUGCUCCUCGAGGGCGAGACGUUCCUCUUCGUGCCUGCGACGGCGAGCAACGUGUGCGAGCGGCUGCAGGUGGCGCUCCAUGGGCUCGAGGCGGCGCCGGAGCGAGGCGAGUGCCUCGCGGCGCGCGGGCAGCAGCUGGCCGCGGAGCUGUCGCUGCCGCGCGUGUACUCGUACCUCGCUGGCGUGCUCAACGAGGCGUCGGCGCGGCAGCGGCCCGACGUGGCGCGCAAGGCUGCGGAGAAGGGGGGGUCGCGCCGCGUCACCAAGGCAAACUUCUUCUCGUUUGUCCCGCCCGCGAAGCGUCCAUGGAUGGAGCAGGUCUUUGUGCCGUGGCACGCCGCCGCCUUCAAUGCGACGCCCCUCCUGCCACCGCACGGCGGCGAGACGGCCUCGGGCCUCUUCCACUGAGAGGACACGCCGAGGAGUGAAGGCCCCGCGCCGUGGGCACCGGCGAGGAGCGUGGACUGUGUGCGCCGGGGAGCCGCUCGAGUCGUGGGUUGGCGCCGGCCUGCCUUCCCCUAUUGGCUCUAGCCCCCUUGCCGCGCGAUAUAUGUCCGAUGACGCCACGCGAUGUGACCGCGGGUCCUACACGGCGCGGGGAUGAGUCGUUUUCUCGCGCGGGGCACACGUUGGAGGGUGCCGGCCGCGCCGCGGGCUUCUUUUUUGCGUCUAUUUAUUUCCACACG